CCCUCCCGCAGAGGGAAUCAUUCAUUAGAGUCAGGACUUUGCGGAAUGGAGCUAUUGAUGUCAGAGCCGGUGAACGACUCCGAGGCCCCUCACCUCUGCAUCACAAUCGCCCUGGAUUAAGGGCAUUUUCUGUUUGUGCGAGGAUCAAUAUCUCCCCCGUCUUCUGCAGGCAGAUGAAGCUUGUUAGCCCGUGACCGAUUCCUCGAUGGUUUUCUGCUUGAAGGAUGACAACACCCAGAGGAGGAUAAAUCUCCAAAAAAAACUUCACUGUUAACCGUCUCAGCGAAGUUUGUGGCACUGGCGAUCUUUCUAAAAACAACUUUUAACCAAAUCUGUGAAACUUAAAUGGUGUGAGCGGGAAGCAUAACGCUUUCUACUCUGGGAUUUUUUUUCACUCAAGAAGGAUUUGCAAUUGCCCAUUUAUAGCCCGAUUUUUUUAAAAAAAGUGCUCAUUCUGAACUAAUACUUUAAAUGUUUGGGAUUCAGGACCAUAUACCGAGAGGGGCUGAUAUCAAGGACAAAUCGACUGGGAGUGGAAUGGACGCUGUUCGAUCUUGGGUCCGGACCGUGGGGGUGGUGGCCGCCAAUGUCGCGGCACAGAGCGGCGUGGCUCUGGCCAGAGCGCACUUCGAAAAACAGCCUCCGUCCAACUUACGGAAGUCCAAUUUUUUCCACUUCGUUCUGGCACUUUAUGACAGACAGGGGCAGCCAGUCGAGAUUGAGCGGACCACUUUCACAGACUUCGUGGAGAAAGACUUGGAACCGGGAAACGAUAAAACUAACAACGGGACACAUUACAAGCUGCAGCUACUCUACAGCAAUGGUAUGCGGACUGAACAAGACCUGUACGUACGACUCAUCGAUUCAGUGACCAAGCAGCCAAUUGUCUACGAGGGUCAAAACAAAAACCCAGAAAUGUGCCGGGUACUUCUCACACAUGAAGUGAUGUGCAGUCGCUGCUGUGAAAAAAAGAGCUGUGGCAACAGAAACGAAACUCCAUCAGAUCCCGUCAUCAUUGACAGAUUCUUCCUAAAGUUCUUCCUCAAGUGCAAUCAGAAUUGUUUGAAAACAGCUGGGAACCCACGAGACAUGCGUCGAUUCCAGGUUGUUUUAUCAACAACAAUUAAUGUUGAUGGUCAUGUGCUGGCUGUUUCCGAUAACAUGUUUGUGCACAACAACUCCAAGCAUGGACGCAGAGCCCGUCGCCUUGACCCCACAGAAGCUACACCAUGCAUCAAAGCCAUCAGCCCAAGUGAAGGUUGGACAACUGGGGGUGCCAUGGUCAUCAUUAUUGGGGAUAAUUUUUUCGAUGGAUUGCAAGUUCUGUUUGGCACCAUGCUUGUUUGGAGUGAGCUCAUUACUCCCCAUGCCAUUAGAGUACAGACUCCUCCUCGACACAUUCCAGGAGUGGUGGAGGUCACACUUUCGUACAAGUCAAAACAAUUCUGCAAAGGUGCACCUGGAAGAUUCAUUUAUACAGCACUGAAUGAGCCCACAAUAGACUAUGGCUUCCAGAGACUGCAGAAGGUCAUUCCUCGGCACCCAGGUGAUCCAGAAAGACUAGCAAAGGAGAUGUUACUGAAAAGAGCAGCAGAUCUUGUUGAGGCAUUAUAUGGAGGACCACCAAAUAAUCAGGAAAUAAUUCUGAAGCGAGCAGCCGAUAUUGCAGAAGCUCUCUACAGUGUGCCUAGGACUCCCAGCCAGCUUCCAACACUUUCUAAUACUCCCAGCCACAGCAGCAUGAUGAGAAUGAACUCCUAUGGUAGUCAACUGGGAGUGAGCAUCUCAGAGUCCACACAGGGCAACAGCCAAGGAUAUAUCCACAACAGCAGCAGCAUCUCUCCACGUGGAUAUGCACCCACCCACUCACCGCAACAGUCAAACUACAACACAGUGGGUGGCAAUAUCAAUGGAUAUAGCAAUGUGCCAAUGUCAAACCUUGGAGUACCCAGUUCUCCUGGAUUCCUAAACAGCUCUCCUGUCAGCUCACCCUAUGGCAUUAUGCCUUCCAGUCCGACUGUGGCCUCUGCUGUCCCUCUGUCCUCCAGCACAUCUGCCAUUCUUCCCUUCUCAUCUUCUGUCUUCCCCGCAGUGAAACAGAAGAGCGCCUUUGCACCGGUGAUCCGACCCCAAGACUCCCCCUCCCCGGCCUGCUCCAAUGGGAAUGGAAAUGGAUUCCGAGCCAUGACUGGGCUCGUAGUUCCUCCGAUGUGAGCCUAUCUUCUUCAGUCACUAUAUCGCAUUCCAGGGAGCAAAGUUCAUCCACUACAAAAAUACUAUCACCAGAAUCCACAGCUGUCAAAAAUAUUAGCAGGUGUUCCCUUAGAAGCCAGAAACAAAGCUGACUUUCUUCAUUGAAUGGACUGAGUGAAUUCCCCAUGGUGUUGUGGAAAACUCAGUUUCAUCGGCAUUCAAGGAAUCGCCUCAAAAGUAUGGAAGUGAUGGACAAGGUGGUGGGUGGUGAGGGAGAAGAGAAAGAGAUCUUUAAAAAAUGCUAUUUUCUAUUUUGGAUAACAGUUUAACGUGGCAGUUCUUUUCUGUUAAAAAGUACAUCUUUGGAUACAAGAACUGGCUGAUUAUCUAGAUACUUAAAUAAAUCAGACAGAAGAUCUUUUUCUAAAAUUUGACUGAAUAAAAUGUUAAUAAAUCGCUGAGUGUGUGUGGUAAGAUGAGAAGUUAAUGGUUUAAGAAAUAUUACAGUAAUUUGAAGAGACGGUAUUCUUUAUUGUUAGCUAAUCUAGGCUGCAAUUCAGAAAUUUUAAACUUCCCAUGUAUUGAAUAGUUAUAAGCAGCUCUGAGAAUGAUAAUGGAACUAUGCAAAUCACAGGCUUAGUCCCUUUUAUGGAACGGCCAAGGUCAGGAUUAUACAACUGAUUCUACAAUUGGCUGAAGCAUUGCUGGGUUAGGGAGAGGAAAUGAGUCGACCAGUGCUCCAACUCCCGAUACAAAGUUUCAGGCCAGAAAGUCCUUGCAUAUGUGUGUUUGUCACCCUGUGGUGCACAGCAUGUCUGCGGUACAUGAGUGUUGUGGAGCAAUGUCUUUCAUAUUGUUUAGAAGUGUGCAUGUGUGAGAUCCAUAUGUAUGUUCUGUGUACAUGUGAUGCACAUGUUGAGUGUGUAAUAUUUUAUGUCAUCAAGGUUAAAUUGCUCUCAUCCCAGCAGGCCAUAAGGCUUAUAAGAGUAAAAUAACUGAUGGGUAGGUUUAACCUGAGGGUCACCAUUCCUCAGGUGAGGUUGAGAAGGCAGGACCUUCAUGGGAACCUCAGCCAGGAACUGAUCCCGGACAGUUGGUGUCACUCUGCAUCACAAACCUACCAACCAGUCAACUGAGUGAACUAACUCCUAUGUAAAAGUGCUGUAUGCUAUUGUGUAUGAUUUGUGUGUUUUGUGUGCGUGAUACAUGUGUGAAGAGUUUAGGUAAAGACAAGCUAAGCCUUAGCUGUCAUGUCUUUAUUGAGCAGAUUAUUGACAUUCACUGUCUAUGUUUACACAUUAAUAGCUAUUUUAAUGAGGUAUUGGAGUUUUCUGUAUCACAAUGACAUUCUUUCGGAGAUUCACAUCUGAAAUAGAAGCAGCAAAAUGAGCUGUGCACAUUCUUUUCACCAAAACAUCUGAUUUAUUUAAUACUUCCUUUUUCUCCAACAUAUUUAUCCCUUUGUUGUUGUGUUCCUCUGGAAACAGUUCCACAAUUCUAAAUGUGUUACAGAGAGACUCUUAAUCUAUUUGUUACACAUAAGAUGAUGGCACAAUGAAGUAAUGCUUACAACAUUUUUCAAAUGAUUUCAGGUUCAGUGGUCUGAACAAUGAGCUUGUUGGCCAGCAUAAAUACAAAUUAAGUGCUGCAACAGGUAUGAAUCGACAUUUUCAAACUCAGUACAACUCAAAUGAAUAGUCACAGAUGGUGAAAUACAUGAAGCUGAAGUUUAAUAAUAAGUUGGAUUUGAGCUGAGUGUCAGAGUGAUGUUGGAGAGCGCCAACAACAACGGGUAAACAGCUGUAAGCAUUUGCUGUUUUCAUGGUUCAAGAUCAAAAAGCAUGAGAUGUUUACAAUACUCACCUUAAACAAAUGCACAUUUCCAUUUUGAAGUAGGAACAUUGAAAUUAGGGACAGCAAACAAUCAAAUUCUAAGAUUCAGGCAUCCUUUUUGCCGAAAAGCAAAUUAAGGUCCAAUUAAGGAAUGGCGAAUAAGACCCCAUUAACUAAAACGGUUUAAACAACAAUUAUUUGGUCUCAGAUAAAAGUUACAGAGGUCAUAUUGUUCUGUGGCAAGGACAGCAUUGCAAGUUUAAAUUAGGCCAGAAAAAUCUUGUCCAUUUCUAAUUAGUUCCUUCUGUGCUCAUUUGCACUUUUCUUAUGGAACGCAGGAAAGAUGAAAGGACGAGACAAUUUGACCAGUGAGCAUCCUUCCAGACUAUUCUUACACAGCUGAUUGGUUGUUUCACAAGGAGAUGUCUGAGAGCAGUGCAAGCUGACAAUGUCAGAAAAUUGACUCAACUUGCUUCCCUCUAUGAAACACGGUCCUGAAUUAUCUCGAUGAAGCAACCUAUACUAGAAAUAUUCAAUUGAAGUGCAAAUAUCAGGGAAGGUCAAAGCCUUGGAAUUAGGCUGUAGAAUAAUUAUUUGCUGAAAAUUCUUUCUGCUGUUUCAUGGAGGUAGUAAUUCUUCAGUCCAAUUUCUGGUGAUUUGAAACUGUAGAAUGAAAGGGAACUGUCUCUCAAAUCAGAGGUCCACCAUUCUCCAUAAAAUAGGCUGCCCAGCCUCAACCUGCUGCAGAGGUUAACCAAAAUGAGUACUGUCACUUUAAACUGAGAGACUGAGCCUGUAACAUAUUGUAUAAAGGUUAGUUGAUAUGAAAAUAAGAGAAAAAUUUUCUUGCACUUCAACCCUGAUUUUAUAAUUUAAAUCCAUGGAGAAGUUUGAUUUUUGGACUGAUACAUUCAAUCAUCUGUUUGGUUUAAUCUCCUCCACAGAGUGGAGAGGGAAAAAAAUAUGCCAAGGCUGGAAAUCCAAAAUGAUCAGAACAUUGCUGAAAAUGCACAGCAGCUCAGUCAGCUCUUGAAAGAAAGAAGGAAGAUUUGUGAACUGCGUGGGAUGCCCUGCUGCACAUGGAUAUAUGAAGGUUACAUCUUGAAAUAUUAGCAUAUCCUCUGUUUUUACAGGCUAUUAUGGUCAGUAAUCCUCUCAAUUCCACAUCCUCCCCCAACCCAUUCCCUGUUUAAGAUCAUUUCAUGCUCUGAAUCAAUUCGACACAUUCUUCCUCCUUGCAAUGUUAAAAUAAAGACGAAUGACAAUAUCUUUUCUUACUCGUGUCUUUACAGGACCUCAAAUCAAAUGUAACUCCUCACUUCUGUUAGUGUUCCUUUCCUUUUACUACUGGCCAAAUUUAAAACCAGAGGCUUGGUAUAUCCUGCUCACUGAUUCUUUGAUGGUAGCCCCAAUUACAGUUCUUGGUUUCUUUAAAAAGUAUUCACGAAACUGGCUGUGCAUUUCCAGCAUUUAUGUUUUCUUUAAAUUUUGCAUCUAUUCCUGGGCAACACAUCUUCAAUACUAACAACUUUGAUGUGUUUUGUAUGUGGAUUAUAAUUACUGACUUACACUUGUGUUUUUUUUGCUGGGGGUAUGGGAAAUCUGUAGCUAAAUAUUUAUAUAUCUAUUGUGUUGAAAUUUUGUAAUACAGUAUGAUGCAAAGGUGAAGUUUAUUCCUUGAGAGUUUGUUUUGUAAUAAUUUUGUUGCACCUUUUGGCCUUUUUAUUUGCAUGUAUGAUCCAUGUAAUUUUGGAAUAUAAAACCCUUGUAUCCUUUGAUAUUUUGUAAGGUGAUUCAAUAUAUUUUUGUCUGCUAGCUCAUCUUCCAAUUUAGAAAUGCAGGAAUCUGCUUUGCUCACUAAAUUACACUUUAAGGCCUUAGGCUAAUUCUUGGGCCAUUAUGAGUUCGGUGAUCUCAGACAUGAGGGCAGGAAUCAGUAAGAACUCCUAUUCAGGGUUGCAACCAACAACUCUAAAUGAUCAUUGAACAUGUUUUGGCUAUUGUGCACAAUCAUUAUGAAUGCCCUUGAUGAGCAAGUGGUCUCCUUACACUCAUUAUCUUACACCUCAGUAUGGUUUACUUGGGUGAGGUAUUGGAGAGGAGCCAGUGCCUAUAAACACUGCAAGAAGAAAUCAGUGACUCCAAAAAAGAAAGUAAGGGGGGAAGAACUUUAACAACAGCAUAACAAAAAACUUAAUUUUGAAUUUCUUCAAAGAAAAAACUUCCAAUUUUGAUUUUUUUGUUAUUAUGAUGCCUAUCUUGUUGCCCAAGUA